AUGGCUGUACAUCUGCCGGCAGUGAUAUUCGAUAACGGAUCUGGACUGUGCAAGGCCGGACUGUCUGGGGAGAAUUUCCCUAGAUCUGCGAUAACGUCUGUGAUUGGUCGAGCGAGAGCACAAAGUUACCUUUCAGGUACCUCCGAGAAGGACUACUACAUAGGAGACGAAGCGCAGGCCUUCAGAGGAAUCCUAAAUCUGAAAUACCCCAUUGAGCAUGGUAUAGUAACAUGCUGGGAAGACAUGGAGAAGAUAUGGAGGUAUAUGUACAAUAAUAAACUACGGAUUGUCUCCAGCGAGAGGCCUGUCCUAUUGACCGAGGUUCCUUUCAACCCGCUGAAAAACCGUGAGAAGAUGACGGAAAUUAUGUUUGAGGCUUUUAACGUCCCCGCUGUCUAUAUUGCUAUGCAGGCCAUGCUAGAACUCUACUCUUCUGGUUUUAUUACUGGCGUAGUGGUGGGCAGCGGUGACGGGGUCACUCACACAAACGCCAUUUUUGAAGGCUACCAUCUCGCUCACAGCGGAUCCAGGCUUCACGUUGCAGGCAGAGACAUCACCGACUACCUCAUGAGAAUUCUCCCGGAGAGCAGCAUUUUCUUUGUAAAUUCAGCCGAGAGAGAGAUAGUAAGAGACAUCAAGGAGAAGCUCUGCUACGUAGCCCUGGAUCCAGAGGUGGAAAUGAAGUGCAACACCAAACAAAUAAAGAAAGGCUACAAGCUUCCCGAUGGCAACAUCAUUGAGAUUGAUAAUCAGCUCUUCCGGGCCCCUGAGAUACUUUUUGCACCAAGUCACAUUGGAAUUGAAGCACCCGGAAUACACCAAAUGAUCUUCAACAGCAUAACAAAAUGUGACAUAGACAACCGCAGGAAUCUUUUCAACUGCAUCGUUUUGUCCGGUGGGUCGACUCUUUUCCCCGGACUUGAAAAGAGAGUUUUAAAGGAGGUGCGGCGUCUAGCACCAGCCGGUCUUCCCGUUAACAUCAUCGCACCUCAGCACAGACAUCUCUCUGCAUGGACCGGUGCGUCCGUACUCAGCUCCCAGUCAUCGUUCACGCAAAGAUGGGUGACCGUCUGCGACUACAAAGAAUAUGGCCCAUCGAUCGUCCACAAGAAAUGUUCAUAA